UUCUCUCUCUCUCUCUAUGGUUUUUGAAAGAGAGAGAAUAUGGUGUUGAGAAUCGAAGAAAGUAUAGGAGGACAUAAUUAGCAAUCUCGAUCGAUCGAUCUUCAUCAUCUUCAUCACAGGAAGAAAGCUGAUUAUAAUUUAUUUAUUCAUGGAAUUUCAACAACAGAUGGAGAUGGAGGUGCAGAAGAAUCAUAAUCAUUUAGUCCAAUUAGAUCAGCAGCAGCAGCAGCAGAAUCAUAUGUCCUAUGGAGGAGGAGGAGGAGGAGUAUCGUCAUCCUCGAAUUCAUCAUCAUCGUCCACCUCCUUCAACAUGAUAAGCAAAGAUGCAGCAGCAGCAGCUACUGCAAUGGCGAAUCACGAUUUGGGGGAAUUCCAAUUCCAAUUCCAAUUCCAUGGAGCUUUUCUCCAACACUUGGAUGCCCAAAAUCAUCCACCUCGUAAGAUAUCUGAAAUCAACACAUUCCCUUCUCAGCCCGUGCAUGGAUCGCCAUCUUCAACCAAGGAAACUACCAAUGGAUCAUUAGUUUCAGCUUCAAGCACCAAGAUGACGAUGAUGCCCGCAGAAGAAGCAGCAGAGCCUCAGCUGCCAAUGCUACUAAUUGAGUCAAACCCUAGAAAUUCUGAUAAGACAAAAGUGGUUAAGCGUGACGAAAAUCGAAAAGGGCCUACUUCAAGUUCUGACCAAGAAGGGCCUAAAACACCAGACCCUAAGACUCUUAGAAGGCUUGCUCAGAAUAGAGAAGCAGCUAGAAAAAGCAGGCUUAGGAAAAAGGCUUAUGUUCAGCAGCUGGAAUCCAGUAGCAUUAGACUUGCUCAAUUGGAACACGAAUUGCAAAGGGCAAGAUCCCAAGGAUUUUUUGUGGGUGGAACUUCUGAUCAAACAGGCCAUUUUUCAGGCAGCAUAAAUUCAGAGGCUGCAUUAAUGUUCGACAUGGAGUAUGCGCGGUGGCUGGAGGAGCACCACCAGCUGAUGGUGGUGCUCCGGGAUGCUCUCCACAACCACUUGCCGGAAAACGAGCUCCAAAUUUACGUGGAAAGUUGCUUGGCACACUAUGGCCAUCUGAUGAAUCUCAAGAAUUUGGCGGCGAAAUCCGAUGUCUUCCACAUCCUCUCCGGCAUGUGGAAGACUCCGGCCGAACGCUGCUUAAUGUGGAUGGGCGGUUUCCGGCCAUCGGAGCUCAUUAAGAUAGUGGUUGGGCAAAUAGAUCAAUUGAUGGAGGAGGAGCAGCAGCAGGGACUGACAGAGGAGCAGGCUGCAAUGGUGUGCGGCGUGCAGCACUCCACGCGCCAAUCCGAGCAAGCCCUAACCCAGGCUCUCCACCUUCUCCACCAAUCUCUCACUGAAACCCUAAUAUUAGACAUCACUUCAGACAUCUCCUCUAUCUCUAUGGCCACCCACAAACUCGCCGCCCAUCUCCAGGCUUUGCUCACUCAGGCUGAUACAGUGAGGCAGCAGAGCCUUGAGCAGGUGCAGGGAAUCCUGACAGUCCGGCAAUCGGCGCAGAGCUUUCUGGUGAUGGCGGAGUACUUCCACCGCCUGCGCGCCCUCACCGGCCUCUGGCUCGCCCGCCCGCGCCGCCAUUCCUCAUCCUCGUCAUAUUUAUAUCCUACCAAUGCAAUUAAUUAAUUAAGGAUCCUUUUCGGGAUCUGAUGAUAUAUAUCAAUAAAAACAAGAAACCAUACAUCUAUAUCUAUAUCUAUAUCUAUAUCUAUAUCUAUGUAAACAAUAAUAUAAUAAUCAACGUGUAUGUAACUCUGUAUAUAUGGAGAUAAACACACCACACGCACAAGCCGAAUGAAUAGAGUAC